AAUCCUUGUUCGAUUCUUUCUAUUUUUUUGCCCGCCCUUUUCCUCGGCUUUCUUCUUCCUUCUUGGGGAAGGCGGUCUCCUCUCUCACAAAGCCUCGCCAUGGCCUUCGAAUAUCCCUCCCACUCCACCACCGCCACCUCCUCGUCGGCCUCCGGCAACGCCAAGAAGAGGAAAACCAGGUCCGACUCUUCCAGCCCUUUCCCCCGAGUCAGAAACCCUCGGAACUCUCACCGCCCCAAGAAUUCCCCUUUCGCCGAUUUCGGAAGUUAUAUGGUGGAUAAGAAUAAGAAGCUGCGAGAACAAUUCGAUUCGGCUGCCUCCACUUCAUCGAUUCAAGAUUCCGGUGAUGGAAAGAAGGGCAUCUUCCACGGUGUUUCUAUUUUCGUCGACGGAUUCACUGUUCCCUCCAGUCAGGAACUGAAGGCAUAUAUGCUGAAGCAUGGUGGGCGGUUUGAGAAUUACUUCUCGACGCAUACAGUGACUCAUAUCAUUUGUAGUCACCUCCCUGAUAGUAAAAUGAGGAAUUUCAGGGCAUUUAGCCGGGGCCUCCCUGUUGUGAAACCUGCAUGGGUGCUGGACUGUGUGGCAGCUAAUAAACUUUUGAGUUGGGUUCCUUAUCAACUACACGAGCUUGUGAAUAAAACCACUAAACAACAGAAGCUUUCUGCUUUCUUUUCUCACAAAGGCAUCCUAAGUUUGAAAAAUGUUGAAACUCCUGUAAAACAGAAUUUGAAAGCUGAUGCUGAAUGCUUGUUAUCCAAGGAUGAAGGACCUAGGGACACAGUAUUAUCUGUAGAGGACCAAGUUUCUGAAUGUAGAGAGCAAGGAAGUGAUGAUAAUGACAAAACCUGUGAAGAGAAAAGUUCAGAGGCAAAAUUUACUGAUCUGGAAGAUGAGCACAGUGUUGUACGAGCAUCUGAUUCAAGUUUGCAUACACCUUCAUACAUGGAUAAUAGCAGUUGUAUCGAUCACAAAAAUCGUAAGGAAGCUUCAGAUAUAAAAUGUGCAAGAGCUUCCAAUCAAUCACACUCAACUCUCAUGGAUCCAAAUUUUGUUGAGAAUUAUUUCAGGAACUCUCGGCUGCAUUUUAUUGGAACUUGGAGGAAUCGCUAUCGCAAACGUUUUUCCAAUAUGCUAAGUGAAGUUAAGGGCAGCAAAGCUAAUAUUAAUUCUGGAAUGCAGAAACCUGCUAUAAUCCAUAUGGACAUGGACUGUUUCUUUGUGUCAGUGAUUGUUAGAAACUAUCCUGAGUUGAUUGAUAAGCCUGUAGCAGUAUGCCAUUCAGACAAUCCCAAAGGAACAGCUGAAAUAUCCUCUGCAAACUAUCCUGCACGAGACUAUGGAGUGAGAGCUGGGAUGUUUGUGAGAGAUGCCAAGGCUCGCUGUCCUCACCUUGUCAUCGUACCUUAUGACUUUGAGGCCUAUGAAGAGGUGGCUGACCAGUUUUAUACCAUAUUGCAUAACCAUUGCAACAAAGUUCAGGCACUAAGCUGUGAUGAAGCAUUUCUAGAUGUUACAGAACGUGGAAAUGACAAUCCUGAGCAAAUAGCAUCAAUGAUUAGGAAGGAGAUUGCUGAGACUACACGAUGUACGGCAAGUUCGGGGAUAGCUGAGAACUUACUCCUGGCUCGUCUGGCUACAAGAUCUGCUAAACCAAAUGGUCAAUGUUUCAUUCCAUCUGAGAAGGUUGAUGACUAUUUGUAUGGUCUCCCUGUCAUGGCACUUCCAGGCAUUGGGCAUGCUCUAGGAGAGAAGCUGAAAAGCAGGCAAGUUGAAACUUGUGGCCAGCUGCGCAUGGUUUCGAAGGAAGCCCUUCACAUGGACUUUGGUACCAAAAUUGGUGAUAUGCUGUGGAACUACUGUCGAGGAAUUGAUGACCGAAUGGUUGAAGUUGUUCAGGAAACAAAGUCUAUUGGUGCUGACGUAAACUGGGGAGUUAGGUUUGACGACAUUACAGAUUGUCAAAAUUUUCUUAUGAAUCUUUGCAAGGAGGUCUCAUUGCGGUUGCAGGGAUGUGGAAUGCAGGGACGCACCAUCACUCUGAAGGUGAAAAAGAGGAAGAAAGGGGCUGAAGAACCAAUAAAGUUCAUGGGAUGCGGCGACUGUGAAACUAUGAGCCGGUCCAUGACGAUUCCUGUUCCCACUGAUAAUAUCGUUCCACUUCAGAGGAUAACCAAACAAAUUUUUGCAUCCUUACAUAUUGAUGUCAAGGAAAUUCGUGGCAUUGGCUUGCAAAUAUCAAAGCUUGAAAGUGUAGACAUAAGAAGACAAGGACAUGAGGAGAACACUCUUGAAUCAUGGCUCACAUCUUCAUCUGAAAAGGUCAAAGCACAACACAAAAAAAAUCUCCUCGUCAGUGAAACAAUAUACUGGAGGAGGCUUCCAAAAGACAUGAGUUCUGAGGUAUCAUCGGCUGAUGCAGAACCACAACCAAAGUGCAUAAACUGUGGAAAUCAACAAGCCUGUGAGCAUUCAAAAUCAAUUUAUAUUAAGGAGACAGGUUCUUGUCCCUCAGAUGUCAAUCAAUGCAGUACUAGAUCUCAUGAAAACAGAACUUCAGCAUUGCCACCAUUAUGUCAUCUUGAUAUAGAUGUUAUAAAGAGUCUUCCUCAGGAAAUAAUUUCAGAAAUGAAUGAUAUGUACAAGGGAGAGUUAUGUCUUUUCAUGGAGAAAUGUGAAGAGAAGGAUGGCAGAGGAGAUGCCCAUUUGUCUGCCAAAUCCCCUGCAGAAAAUGAUACCAUCUCAGCAUCAAGCUAUCAACAAGUAGGUUGUGAUACCAGUGAAAACAUGACUGUUGGACCUAGUGACUCUGGCAAACUGGAUUCAAGUGCUAGAAAUAAGGGCAAACAGCCUUUAUGUUAUCCUGCUGUUUGCAUGUCUAAUCUUGCAAAUGAAAGUAAGGCUUUUAAUCCAGAAGCAAAAGAAUUUACCACAGAGAUGAGUAUGGCAAGGACAUCUUGCAAAGUUCAGUCGGCAUAUGCUUCAUGCUCUAAAUCUGAUGAUUUACUCAUUAGAGCACCAACUCUGAUUGAUUUGAUGCCUAGUUCUUUAACUCAGGCAGAUGCUUCGGUUCUAGAACAAUUACCUGAAGAUUUGAAAGUUGAUAUUAUUGAGUCACUUCCUGCACAUAGAGCUGUAAAUUCUGUGGGUAAUGCUCCUCAUGGUUUUGUUGGGGCAUUCCCAAACAGUGUGGAAGUUCAGAAUUCAGAAUAUCCUGAGAGUCAUCUUUGGUCAGGAAGUCCUCCAAAAUGGGUUGAGAUGUUCCAAACUAGCAAUUGUUUGAUUUUGAACAUUAUUGCUGAAAUGUAUACCAAAUCCAGGGCAAAUGGCCUUCUAUCUUCCAUUUUUCAAUCCAUAUUUUCUUUCCUUCCUUCAACAUCUGAAUCAUGGAGUGAGGAGUGGGAUGAAGCUCUUUCCAGCUUGUGUGAACUUCUUAAGCAGUAUGUCAAUUUAAAGAUCGAAUCAGAUAUUGAGGAGCUCUACAAUUGCUUUUGUGUUCUGAAAAGGUGUUGUUCAAUGUCGAAUUUGUUGUUAGAAGUAUAUAAUAAUGUACUUCCUUUGCUUCAG